CUGCAUUGCUUGCUGUUUGGGGUUUUAGGCUGGGUUUCUGUACAGCACUUUGAGAUAUCAGCUGAUGUACGAAGGGCUAUAUAAAUAAAUUUGAUCUGAUUUGGAUGGUGGAGUGUGUACUCCACCUGUGGAUUUCUAUUCCAAGAGAAGAGGUCACUUAAGCGUACCUAAUUAGUAAAGAAAUUACCGUUGUGAUAGCGUGAUGUGACUAUUUUAUGCAGAAAUAGUUUGGCGAUUGGUCACAUUUGUAAGCCCUCACAUAAUAUGCAGGGAAUUGUUGAUUUUGCAAAAAACUAUGCGAUGACAGAGUACUGGAGUAAACUCCCAGUAAUCCCUGUGACUGCGUGUAGGUUAAGAUUGGGUUGUAUCAGUGUGAGACAUUCCUACCUGUCAGCUAGUAAUUGUUCUGUCUGGUGACAUGAUCAGAGUGGCCUGACUUCUUCCACUUAUUACAGAUGUCCGACUUAGAUAUGUUGAGCAUCCUGCUAUGAUGUCCAUUACCAAGCCGGAACACUCCGAGGCCAACCCUCAGUGCCAGACUGGCAGCCGGCCGGUGGCUGAGCCCGAGACCACUGCUGUUCACAAUAACAGUGGAGGCUGGCUCAGCUGGGUCUUUGGGAGUGGAAGAGUUAAUAAGGAGGAGGUUCAUCUACCUGAGGACAAAGACAGAUCUAUUGUCUGGGAUCCAACUCUGCACAGAUGGGUUAACAAAACUGAGCCCAAGGCUGAGAACAAGUGUGUACAACCACCUCCACGAAUGGGGACAUAUGGAUAUCAGGAGAACACUGGCAGUGUCCCCAAAAGAGUGAAUCCUUACUCUAUGAAACAGGUCUAUGGGGCAGCAGAUACCCUACAAUGCAUUACAAUGAUGAGACCAACUCAAAGCCUCAAAGCCUUGGGCCUGGACUGCUUCCUAGACAGCUCUCUGGCUUGCUCCCUCCUUCACACUUUGACCUCAUGGCACCAAUGGUUGUACCACCUGACACUCUACCCUACUGAGGUAACCUGCUGUUCCUGGCUGUGGUCAGCCAUUUUGGGGCGAAGCUGCACCGGCCCAGGCUCAUUGCUAUGGGCUGUUUCCUCAUGGCUGUAGGAUCCUUCCUCACAGGCCUGCCGCACUUCUUCAUGGGACGGUAAAAACAACUGAAAUACUGGUUAAACUUGUACUUGUAGAGAUACUCCAAUGCGGAGGAUAGUUUCACUUUAGAAAUAAAGAAAUGUAUCCAGUUGUUGAUUAAUCUCAGUUAACUUCGAACUAAAGUCUUGCGUAAUUGGUCAGCUGCUUGAUUAUGUUUUGGGGCCAUACAUGUUAUGAGAAGGGAUUAAGAGAUGCUAUAACUGUGACGUGGUAAGGUUGGACCCAGGUGCAGAGAAGAGACCAGAAGUUGAAGCAGUGGUUCCAACCAGGGUCUCCACCCCUCAAGGGCCCACUUAACUGCCAAGAGCUCCCGAUUACCUAUAUUGUAGUUGCAUUCCGCUGGCGAGAACCAUUUAGAGAGAAAGGAGCAUGGGUGCAGUUCCUUGUCCUCCUCUUUCCACUGUGAAAGUACCGCACCAGCUCCGGUGUCCGAGGCGUCCACCUCUACCACAAAGGGACGAGUAGGAUCAGGAUGAAGGAGGAUGGGUCCGGAGGUGAAACGUCCCUUGAGCUCUAUGAAUGCCCUGUCAGUCUCGGGAUUCCUGCAAAAACCUGCUUGAGUGAGGUGGGACAGGGCCGUAUGUGUUCCGGGAAGGAACUUGCUUGAAAGGCAUAAGUUAUUUUCAACCAUUAACUGGGGCCUUGUUGAGGCCUUAUCUAAGUAAGUAAUGGCUGAUUGACAAUAAAGUAUUAUUUUGAUGUAUGGAAAAUAUAUGGUAUGCAAUUCCUAUGUAGAGAAGGUUCUCUCUGGUAGUUGUUCAAUAUGACUUCAACUUUUACAGGGUACUCUUGUAAAAUAAAUGUUUAAUCUCAGUGUGACUCUUAAACCCUGUUUAAAUAAAAGUUUAAUAAAAAAAAACAUCAACACAAACACAGGAUAUGGGCUACACAUGGUAUCACAUCCUGACAUACUUGGCCCUACUGCACCUGCAUUCCAGCACCAUUACAGCAUCUGGAAUUGACUCAACAUGUUUGAGGUGGGGGAUCAAUACAUGUGCUGGAAGAGGUGUCUGCCAAAUGUAUGAUUCUGAUAUGUACAGGUAAGUUCAUUGUGUGUGGGGGGCAUCCAUGUUUGUGUCCGUACUCUGAAGUGCGUUUGAAUAUGAAUGAGCAGCAGUGUUGUGAUACUUAAUGAUCAUUUUUCAAUAUCUUCAACCCUCAAGAACCAGGGUGAGUCUGGGUCACCCUUUUACUGGGCAAACACAACUUGUAUAUCAUCAUAGACAGGGCCGAAACGUUAAUCUUUUAACCUUGCUUGAAUAAAACAAUGCAUUUUUUAUAGUGAGCAGGAGUUGGGCUUUUUCCUUUUCUAUGAUGAUUCAAAUUUUUGGUUGCACCUCAACUCAA